CCCGUACGUCCGCCUGUCUGUCUGUCAGACCCAGACGCCACCCACUCCGUCAACCCCGCAACACCAUCCCGCUUGGCCUCGCGCAUUACGGCGGACCUUUGCCGCGGACGUCACUCCUCCGCGCCAAACCUCCCCCCACACCCUACUUGUCUCUGUCUCUCGACCCUAAGGGGGGAGCCCAAGCUGUGCGUAGUACGUACGUAGUUGGUAUUCGCUCAGUGACUCGCGUUCCUCCGUAUUAUAAAAUAUCGGACGCGGUUGACAUGGGACGGAUGGGGGUGACGUGUGUGCCUCUCCUCCGUCUGCCCCUCCUCCUUCAGCUACUACUAUUACUCUGUCUCUCGCGAUUGGCAAUCCUUCCCACUACACUUCAACCUACAAAGUACCGAUCAUAAAGGGGACUCUUUUCGUGGGAGAGAAGUAGAAGAGAAGAAGAAGAAGAAGAAGAAGAAGAAGAAAAAACGCCAGCAGCCAUGUCGUCCAAGCACUUCAUCAACGACCCGACGCACCUCGUCUCCCAGGCGCUGCACGCCCUCACCCUGACCAACCCCAACGUCGCCCUCGAUGCCGCCCACAAGAUUAUCUACCGGCGGCCGUCGCCAUCGUCAUCCGACCAGCAGCAACAAGUCUCCAUCAUCUCGGGCGGCGGCUCCGGCCACGAGCCCUCCUUCGCCGGCAUGGUCGGCCCGGGGAUGCUCUCCGCCGCCGUCGCCGGCACCAUCUUCGCCAGCCCGUCGGCCGAGCAGGUCCGCCGCGCCAUCACCUCGCGCGUCGACCGCGGCCGCGGCGUGCUCGUCGUCGUCAUGAACUACACGGGCGACGUCCUCAACUUCGGCAUGGCCGUGGAAAAGGCCCGCGCCGCGGGGGGCGUGCCCGUGGAGAUGGUCGUCGUCGGGGACGACGUCGGCGUCGGGAGGGCCAAGGCCGGCAAGGUCGGCCGCAGGGGCAUCGCCGGCACCGUCCUCGUGCUCAAGGUCGCGGGCGCGCUGGCCGCGCUGGGCCGCCCGCUCGACGAGGUCGCCGCCGUGGCCCGCCUCGCCGCCGACAACACCGUCAGCGUGGGCGCCAGCCUCGAGCACGUCCACGUCCCCGGGCGGGGCGUCGACGCCGACGACAAGCUCCGCGACAGCGACGACGUGGAGAUUGGCAUGGGCAUCCACAACGAGCCGGGCUCCGGGCGCGCGAAAAAGGACCUCCCCGCGCUGGUGGCGACGAUGCUCGCGCAGCUGCUCGACCAGGGCGACGCGGACCGCGCCUUCGUCAACGUCACCUCCAACGAGGUGGUGCUGCUCGUCAACAACCUCGGCGGCGUCAGCGUGCUCGAGCUGGGCGGCAUCACCGCCGAGGUGGUCGCCCAGCUGGCCGACAAGUACGGCAUCCGCCCCGUGCGGAUCCUCUCGGGCACCUUCAUGACGAGCCUCAACGGCCUGGGUUUCAGCGUCUCGCUGCUCAACGUCGUCAACACGGGCGUCGGCGUCAACAUGGUCGACCUGCUGGACGCGCCGAGCGAGGUGGCCGGCUGGGCCGCGCCCGUCCGCAAGGAGACGUGGGAGGCGCGCAACACAGCCACGCGCGACGCCGACGACGGCGCCGGCCAAGAGGUCCAGCCGAGCGGGCUCAAGACGGACGCUGCGGCGGCCACGACGGUGCUGACGAGAGCACUGGAGAGCGUCAUCGCAGCGGAGCCCGAGGUUACGAGGUACGACACAGUGGUUGGUGAUGGAGACUGCGGCAUUGGACUCAAGCGAGGCGCCCAAGCUAUUCUCAAGCACAUCAAAGAUAAGCCCCUGACGGGCGACGCCGUCGUCGACGUCGCCUCCAUCGUGCCCGUGGUGGAAAACACCAUGGACGGCACGUCGGGCGCCCUGUACGCCAUCUUCCUCAACGCCCUGGUCCACGCGCUGCGCACCGCCUCCGCCGGCGAUGCCAGCCCCCAGGUCUGGGCCGCGGCGCUCAAGCAGUCGUGCGACGCGCUCUCGCGGUACACGCCCGCGCGGCCCGGCGACAGGACGCUCGUGGACGCGCUGUACCCCUUCGUCGAGGUGCUCGGCCAGACCGGCGACGUGCGCGAGGCGGCGUCUGCGGCGCGCAAGGCCGCCGACGAGACAAAGGGCAUGCAGGCGAGCCUCGGCCGGACCGUGUACGUGGGCGGGAGCGGGUACGAGGAGGUGCCAGACCCGGGCGCCUGGGGUCUUUCGUGCUUUUUCCAGGGGCUUGCCGGACAGUAGGUAUCGCAAUAGAUGUGUGUGCGUGUGCGCAUGUGUGUUUAUGUAUUGCGCGUCGCGUAGAAUCGCCCAUGCAAUGUCCGAGACCCAAUCAAAAUGGUA